AUGGAGUCUCGUGCUGCAUGGAAGCAGUACAUGAGAGAGUUAUGCUUCUCCACCGAGGAGUCCGAUGAGGAAGAUGAGUUGGUCCUAGCGACGCUUGCCGCAUGGCAUGCCGACGUCGAAGCUUCGGCCAGAGGGCCGUGGGGCGGCUCCGUCCCCGGGCACCGGCGCAUCCGUAGGAAUCGUCAGGAGGGACACAAUCGAUUGUACAACGACUACUUUGCUGAGUCCGCAGUGUACCCCGACUAUAUUUUUCGGCGCAGGUUCCGGAUGAAUCGCGAUUUGUACUGCAAGAUUGUGAGGGAGGUGGAGGACCAUGACCCGUGGUUCAAGCAAAGGAGGAACGCUGCCAGAGAGCUUGGGCUAUCACCCUUGCAAAAAGUAACUGCCGCUUUCCAUAUGUUAGCUUACGAUGCUCCUGUAGAUUCUCUCGACGAGUGCCUCCGGCUAGGGGAGAGCACCAUCAUCGAGAGCAUGCGGCGUUUCGUGCGGGCCAUUGUCGAGGUGUUCGGUGACGAGUACCUCCGGGCGCCGAACGAGGAGGACACUGCUCGAUUGCUGGAUAUGAACCAGCGUCGAGGGUUCCCCGGGAUGCUUGGAAGCAUCGAUUGCAUGCACUAG